AUAUCAGUACAACCUUCGACAAAGGUUGGAGACGUCAUCGGCUACUGUCUUUAUCGUCUGUAUAGGGAUUUCGACAGAACAGUGAGUGGGAGCGUGGAGGAUUACCAGUUGUUGAUGGCGGAUGACAGUGGUGAAAUCGAGUCCGACCUCCCUCCACUAGACAGAGGCAGAUCUAUCGGCGAUCUUGGUUUCACCGUACUCGCCCUUGUUUCAAAACGUCGAAGUACGAAUGGCGGUACGAAGUCGACUUUCAGGAUCGUUGUAUAUCUACCGAGCGGGCAAAAUUUCAUCUUCGAACUUGAAAACCUGGACCACUCCCUCGAAUGGUUGCGCGAUGAGGCUGUCAAGAGGAAGCAAGGGCAGGAAUCCAGUCAACGAAAUGGCCUGAUGCCG